CCUCCGCCUGCACUACAGGAAGCUCCGAGAAGCGCAUGAAGGCCAUUCAAUAGCGAGCGUUUUGCUAGAUCAUCGCCUGAAUCUCUGACCAAGGGCAUGGGACGAGAAUUUCGGACUUCCAUGGUAUUAAGUAGUUUCUAAAGCGCCCGAAAUCCCCCCAGCACUCCCGGAUCGGCGACUUGCUUACCAUCAGCGUUUCCAUCAGCUUUCAGGAUUAAGGAUGGCCUUAAUUUUGUUUUCGAGAUCGCGGACUCCAUUGAUGAAAUCAUCCAGAUCGUUGAAGGACGAGCUUAGGAAAGGAAAGCUGAAAGAAGUAGCCUGUUUGAGUUGUACUGCUCUACGCCUGGCUCCAAACAGCCCCGCGGUUCUCAGAGGCAGUUCGGCAGCUCCGACGUUAUCUCUCGGUCUGUAUCCUGACCAUUCAUAUGUGCGUCAGUGCUCACUGACCAGUCCAUCUCGUCGUUACUGUGCCGUCCUUUUACCCAACUCGGGUGCACUAGGCCACGCCCACUCCGCCUCUCAUUGGACCGUUGCGCAGUGGGCCGCGCCAGUACGGUGGCUUCACACCUCAAGCUGUCUCCGUGACGACUCCAAAGUGGAACGCUCGCUGCGUUCAUUAAAAGACCGCAAUAAAAAGCUAGAGGAGGGAGGACCCAUCUACAGCCCUGCUGUGGACGCUGAGCCAGUGCGGCGAACGCUGGGGCAACGCGUCAUUGACGAGGUGAAGCACUACUACCAUGGGUUCCGACUUCUGUGGAACGAUACGGCCAUCACUGGACGCAUGCUGUGGAGAGUAUUGAAUGGACAUGCGCUGUCACGAAGAGAGAGGAGACAGUUUCUAAGGACGUGUGCAGACUUAUUUCGGCUGCUGCCUUUUCUGGUUUUUAUCAUUGUUCCCUUUAUGGAGUUCCUGCUUCCCGUUGCUCUGAAGCUUUUCCCCAACAUGUUGCCAUCCACAUUCGAGACCAAGUCCAAGAAGGAAGAACGAUUGAAGAUGGAGCUGAGAGUGAAGCUGGAGAUGGCGAAGUUCUUGCAGGACACGGUGGAGGAGAUUGCACUGAGAAACAAAGCAGACAAAGGCAACGUGACCGAGGAGUUUUCCACCUUCUUCCAGAAGAUCCGGGACUCGGGUGAAAGGCCUAGCAAUGAGGAGAUCAUACGAUUCUCCAAACUGUUCGAGGAUGAGCUGACCCUAGACAACCUGACGCGGCCGCAGCUUGUCGCUCUCUGCAAGCUCCUGGAGCUGCAGCCCAUCGGCACCAACAACUUCCUCCGCUUCCAGCUCAUCAUGAAGCUCCGCUCCAUCCGCGCUGAUGACAAGCUGAUCGCAGAGGAAGGAGUUGAGAGCCUCAAUGCAAAUGAGCUGCAAGCUGCAUGCAGGGUUCGAGGCAUGAGAGCUCUGGGAGUGACACAGGAGAGGCUUAGAGAACAACUCAAGCAGUGGCUGGAGCUGCAUUUGAACCAGCAAAUACCAACUUCCCUCCUCCUGCUUUCGAGGGCGAUGUUCCUUCCUGACACUCUAUCACCUGCAGACCAGCUUAAAACCACCCUGCAGACCUUGCCUGAAAUAGUGGCUAAAGAGGCGCAGGUGAAAGUGGCAGAGCUUGACUUCUCUAAGGUGGACAAUAAGACAAAACUGGAGACCAUGCUGCAGGAAGAGGCAGCUAUUCGCCAGGAGAACAGAGAGCGGGAACUGGAACGGCAAGCCGAAAACGCAGAGAAAGCCAAAGAACAGAAGGAGGAUGUGGAUGUAGAGCUUCGGGUAGAUGCUGAUCUCGCCAUGCACAGUGUAGAUGUGGCGAUUCACUCGGAAACAUUACGAGACACUGCACCAGUGCUGGAAGGAAUUAAGUUUGAGCUGUGGCAAAAGUAUCUGCGCAUAAAGGGUGAGGAAAUCACUAAGGAGGAGAUUGACAUGUUGAGUGACGCCUGCACCAAACUCAAAGAGCAGAAAAAGCUCCUGACAAAAGAGAAGGAGGAGCUGGAGGAGCUGAAAGAUGAUGUGCAGGAAUACAGUGAGGAUCUGGAGGAGAUAAAGAAAGAGCUUUCUAAAACUGGGCAGGAGAAAGAGGUGGAAGAGUCGAAAGCCAGUAAACAUCUGUCACGCGGGGUGAACCGCAUGAUCAGCCGCAUGGACAAGAUCAUAAACGAGUUGGAAAAAGACAAGCUGGUGUUGGAUGGACAGGUGGACAGUGGAACCACACCACCAGUUAGAUUUUUCUUUGAGAAAUGUAAUGACUUGCAAAGGGAGAACCUGAUUAGCAUCAAUGAGCUCAUUGCUGUCAUGAGGCAGAUCCAGAGCAUCCCAGAGCACAAGCUGCUCAGCAUCGCCAACUCGCUGGACGAAAACAAGGAUGGCAAGAUAGAUAUCGACGACGUCAUCAAGGUGGUGGAGCUGAUCGAUAAGGAGGACGUGGACAUCUCCACCGCACAAGUGGCGGAGAUCAUGCUGAUGCUGCAGAAAGAGGAGAAGCUGGUGGAGAAGGAAAAAGCGAAGGAGAAGGCCGAAAAGGAGCAGGCUGCUAAAGUGCAGCAAAACUAAGUCUGUCAUGGCAAGUUACCAGCAAUGCAGCAGGAACGCACAGAGGAGCCAAUAGUUCUGUAGCCACUGGUUUCAUGCUUGAAAAAUAUGAGAAAUGAAAUGUAUUUGUUAAACAAAAAAAAAAAAUCCCUUUACAUUUUACCGUCUAACCAUCAGCCACUUCAUGUGAGCUGAAGCACUCAUUUUAUCUCGAGUCGCUCGUUUUAUUUUGCACACCUCCGCGCUCCUCCUCAUUCCACCGCCACCGCUUGUGUUCGGACUCAUAUGUUUCGUGUUCGAUUCGAUUGAAACCGGGCGCUUUUGAGUGGAAUUAAUUGGCACUCGCUCCUGAAUGUAGCUCACACGGCCCGUGAGUGCACUAUUCUGUUUUGUCCACGAACCAAAGUCAAUUUGCAAAGCGACUACAGAAAUCAAGGUCAAUAUGCAAAUACUAUGGACUGAUCUAUAGGUCAGCUCUUUGAGUGAGUGUUGGCUAUGUAAUUCUUUUUUUUUUUUUUUUUUUUUUUUUUGGGCCAUUUCUCUGUGGUGACCUUGAGUGAGGAAACAUACACUUUUCCUGCUAAUGUCAGUGAUUGUAUAUUUUAUUUUAUUUUAUUAUUAUUUUUUUCAUCUUUAUUGGCCAUGGUCAAAAAAUCUUCUAAAUUAGCAGUGUUUUCUUUCAUGCCUUGAUGAAACCUGGCAUAUAUCAGUGGGGUAGUUAACCUCGGGACGAAUGCUCGCUGUAGACUAAUCCAACUGGCUGUAGUUCUUUAGGCAAAUGUAGAGGAUAGAGGGUGAGAAAAGUGUGUGUGAGUGUGAGAGAUGGAGAGAGAAGAUGAAGUGGGCUCUUUGCACUGCAGUUUGGCGUAUCUAGGCUUCGGCUCAGACCCAGUAUGGUGAGGCCAGUCUGGGUACAGUCGCUUCAAGGACUGGGUAAACACUCACACCAUACAUGGAGAGGGGUAGCUCGCAGAUACACACACACACACACACACACCGUGUUAUGUCAGCGUAACAUAGUUGCACAGGGCACAGCCGACAGCGAAUACAUCACUCCCACUCCUAAACAUGUCAUAGAGAGAGAACAGAGUGUCUGACCCGAAAGCACUGCCUCUGCGUUGCAUCAGAGAAACAGACGGAGCUGGUUUUUUUCUUUCUUUCUUUUUCCCCCGAGUCAGGGUGCCUUUUCUCACUUCGUAUCUGUACGCUUCCAACGAAGGGUCAGAGUUCAGCCCUCACCACAGUAACCAUCUGUAUUUUUUUUUUUACAGCUUGUGUAUCUGCAUUUGGGCCGUACACCACGUGAAUUUAUUGCACGUUAAAAUCUCAUUAUCUGUCGUUCUAAGGGAGCAAGAAAUACCGAUUUGCAUUUGCACUAUCAUUAUUUAAAGCUGUUUUUUGUUUUUCUUCUUGUUUUGAGGUUGUGAUUCAGACUCAGGAAUAUUUGUGUAAUGGGCUGCAGGUGCAGGUUUAGAGAGGAAUAAGCUGGCUUGGUGAUACUACUGGAAAAGAUGAAGAGAUUGUCAAGUGGCAGAAGACUCUAUUUAGGUGAACAACCCAGAUUUGGAAGAGAGUGUUAUUUUGCUAUUGUUCUGCCCUGAAGGUGCAUUACUGUGCUCCUGCUUUAAUGGGCAGGUUUGAAAGUUCAUGUUUCAAUAUAAGCUUUUUUCGAAGGUGGAUCUUAGGACAUCUGACUGAGAAGGCGAGGUCAAACCGACCAGGGAGUAGCCACCUAAUCCAAAGUUUGCAUUCAAAUUAUUUAAAAUGCAACAGUUGCUCUAUACGCACAAAAGGUUGUCAACACCUGAACAUAAAAUUUGCUAUUUGAAUAGAUCGGGUUUAGAUUAGAUCUUGAGGUCACACUACUUCCACUCCAACCCAUGGAUUUCAUAUCUUCAUAGAGCUCACAUUGUAUACAAGUGCAUUGUCAUGCUGAAACAUCUCCUAGUUCAAGAGACCCAAAGACAUUGUAUACAAUUGUGUGGCUCCAGUCGUGUGAUAAAAGUUUGGUGAAGAACCACAUGUGGCUUGAAAAGUCAGUGGUCCCAAUACUUUUGUCCAUAUAGUGUUGUUAAUUUGCUAAUUAAGUUCAUUUCUUUUGUGUGCUGCUUAGGCUUGUCCCGAACAAGGGUAAUUGUAAUUGUAUGACUGAGUGUAAUAUAAUAUUCUAAAAUAUUUUCCAUCCCAGAAGUCUAAAAGAUUAUAAAGUGUUUCUGUGUAUUAGUAUACACUAAGUAUAUUGGUGUAUUUAAAAAAAAAUAAAAAAAGGGGGUAUUUGGCCUGUUUUGAUUUUUUUUUUUUGUGCUUAAAAAACAAAAAAACAAUUGUAGUAGGCAAAACCCAUUAUAAAAAAAAAACAAUUCUACAAUUCAUUUGUAACUAUAAGUACAUGUUAACAGCAUGUAGUUAUAUAUUUCAAUUUAUGUUUUAAUUGUACAGUACAAUAUGUACAGUGAAUUGGCUUUUAGUGAUUACAUUUAAUGAAUUUAUUUUCUUAUUAAUAAGUUUAUCAAAUAUUUGAACAGAAGAGGUGUGAAGCUUGAUGGUCUAUUUAAUUUUUUUAUAAUUUAAUUAACAUUUGAUUAAAAAAAAGGCUUAAAACUUGAUGUAUGGUAAAGUUAUUGGUACUGUAUUUCAAACAUCAUUUGGUUUUCUUGGAGCUUUUAUUGUCAAAAUAUAUGAAAAACAUAUCUUAAUUUUUUCUCAUGACUAAUGUAAACAUGCAUAUGCUUUAAUGGGUUGUUCCAAUUUGAAUAAAAUGUGGGAAUUUUA